AAUGUAGCCCAGCUUCAGUGUUUACUACAGAAUUAGUGCAUAGCGGACGACAGUCUUUCCCCUGAUCUCUGAACUCCGAGUCUGUAUAAAUAUAUAUCUUAGUUUAAAAAAAAAAAAAAGAUAACCUUUCAGUUUUUGCAUAAAAGAAGAAAAAUUAUCCAAAAAAAAAGCUCAACAUGCCCAAGAGAAAGGGAACUGAUGGAGAGGUGAAGGAGGAGCCCCAGAGAAGGUCUGCCAGGUUAUCGGCAAAACCGACUCCUCCAAAACCUGAACCCAAACCCAAGAAAACACCUAAGAAAGAGAAAGAAGUGAACGAUAAAAAGGAGGACAAAAAGACGAAGGCGAAGAAUGAGGAGACCAAGGAUGAGAACCAGUCAGAAAACGGAGAGACCAAGACUAAUGAGGUUGAGAAGACUCCAGAGGCAGAGCCGGAGCCAGACAAGGAGGAGGCUAAGGCCGAGUAGCAUCCCACCCGUCCAUAUCCAUUUUUCUUCUUUCUUUCCCCAUCAGUCCGACCUGUUCUUCCCUCCAUCCAUCCAUCCCUCCUCCUUCUCCCUCCCUCUUUUUCCAGCAGGUUCCAAGCCCCAGACGGACCCCUCUCUUCACAAACCAUCACCAGAGGAAUAUUUUUAUCAACGAUUUUGUAAAUACUGGUUCAGGUUUUUAGCACAAAAAUGCGAACGCGACCGAAGGGGGUUUUCAGACGGGGUUCUUCUAAGUUGUCCCCAACUCAAGCGGUGCGCAAAGGCGGCGCUUCAGUUUUGUCUUUUUUUCUUUUAAUUUGUGUUUUUAUUUUGUUUUAACGGAUGGUCCUGUAUCUCGAGGUGUAGAUCCUGCGUUGCUGGGUGUGUGUGUGUGUGUGUGUGUGUGUGUGUGUGUGUGUGUGUGUGUGUGUGUGUGUGUGUUUGUUAGCGAUUAUGUUCUUAUCUUGGAGUUUUUGCCCAGUUUGCUGUUCAUUUGGAAAGUUUUCUUUUAGGAAAAAAAAAUUAUUGGUAUAAGAAGUCUAGAUGUUCGCUCCCCACUCUUUGGGAUAAAUCAUGAAUCUUGGCACCAAACUGAUGCGAUGAAACAAACUAAAUCUGGUAAACUGGGAUUGUUUUGGGUUUGGGUGGGAAUUAAGAUUUGUUUCUUUUUUGUGGAAAUUAUGGGGUUUUAAAGUGAAAUCAGAUGUUUUGUGAAGUUUUUUUUAAACACUGAGAAUUCAUUUGUUUUGGGUGGGGGUGGGGGGGAAGUAGCGUGCCCUGAAUCUCACUCAAUAAAACCAUCAUUGGAGUUUUCCUCAAAAAAAAAAAAAAAUCACUCCUGUUUUUCGUUCUUUUACAUUUUGUUUUCCAGCCGAACAAGACAUCUUCACAGAAGAUGCAGUGACCACACAAAAUACACUUUCCUGAAUGGCUCACACAAAGUAUUACAUAUAUUUAUCAAUAGUGCCAAUAUUUACGAUGAAUUUUUAUGUGGUCAGUCUCUCAAAUUGUCACACCAAUAAUGUGUAUGAAUCUAUCAAUAAUCAAUAAUUUAAUCAGAACACCAGCUAGUACACCUGCUGAGGGGCACGCGGUUAUUUCUCUACAUUUCUUAAAGGUGCAUUAGGUAAGACUUGUUAAAAAAAAAAAAAAAGAUCUCUUAAAAUGGGUGGAGUUGAAUAAGAUUAAUGUUUGUUAUUUUUAUUUUCUAAUUGAGCCUACCCCCCAUUUCCACCCAUGUGCACUAAGCCCCGCCCCCUAAACUUAUUGCGGUUCAAUUAGAGUUUGCAUUAGUCAGGACUGUCAGACAUUCGAGUGCUUCAAAAGCCAAGUUACACCCCUGUGAACAUGCAACUUCUCCUCAUAAUCAGUCCGUACAGGAUUUCACUGAGCUUUUUCUGAUUGUUGCGGCCAAAAAUUCUUCGCCGUGCUGUGAAAGAGUUAAAUUUGUGAAUACAUUUUCUGAGUUUUGUUUUUUUUUUUUUUUUUUUUUUUUUGGCAGAAAAAGUACUCGAAUUGGCGAAACCGCAAGCGUACCAGAUUGUUUUGCACGUUCUUUCACAGUGAUGUUUGGUAACCUUUAACUGUACACAUGAAUCGAAGAGGGCUUUGGCUGAAUGCAUGUCGUGACGUGACACGUCUCGGCCCAAAUCUGCAGAAAAUCUGCAGUAAUUUAGAAAAAAUUCCUCUGAAUAUUGCAGAGUUUGUGUUGAUUGUGUUAAUUUCUGCGAUGGCGAAAUCCUGGAGGGACCGAAUAAUGCUGUAUGAAGACGUGUAGGGGCGUGUCUGAAAUGGCUGACACGAAGCCAAUCUAAAGGUUUUUGGGUUGUUUUAUUUUCUUUCUCCCAGCUAUGAAAUACACUUGUUUGAAGGCAAUGGUUAAAUUAUUAUCGAUGAUGAUUCCUUUAUAAUGUUCCACAUUCCACAUUUAUAUUAGUGAGAAAUCAAAAAUAUUGUCUCUAUAAUAUUGUUUUAAAGAAAUGUUUUAUUAUACAGAUAAACAAUGGGUUUAAACAUAGCACAAGAAUAAGUGCAUAAGAAUCGAACAGAUCAAAAAUUUCUUUAUAGGCUGCUUGUUUUUGACUUCUUGAGGUUUGGGUUAAACAACAUUUAAAUCCAGUCACAUAAGCUAAUAACUGCAACCCCAAUUCUGAAAAAGUUGGGACAAUAUGGAAAAUGCUAAUAAAAACAAAGAGGAGUGAUUUGUAAA